AUGUGCAUCCAGGAUUGUGCUGCUAUUAAAGUGUGCGCAAGGAAGAUCGCCAACUUCUAUGGAGACAUUCGUCGCGCCUUGCAGGUCCUAAGGCGUGCCCUUGAGUCUCUAGAAGAAGGCAAGAAAAUUCAUCCUGCGGAUAUCAACAAAGCAGCCAAUGACCUCUUCGAUUCUCCUCUGAAGGAUUCGAUCUUGUUGUUACCUCGCGGAUUGAAGUAA